ACUAUUUGCCUACUUCAGACCGAACUUUACUACGUGCAGGAGCUUUCAAGCUUUGUGCUAUGGUCGAUUAAAUUGAGGUGUUAUAACAUAUUUUAUUACAUAGAGUGCAUACACUUUUAAAAAUAAUCAUAACUAAACAUUCAUAUAAAAUGGUGAUAUUUUGACGGUAGUAAGUGAAUUCUACCACUGAGUGUUCAUAUAGUAGAGUUAUGGCUGGUGAUUUCAGAAGUGUGAGGACAUCGUUAUGCUAAUUUACUUCCCAUGUUACCGGGUUUCACCUAUCUACCUGGUAUUGGAAGAAUCGGAGUGUCGGUAGAGAUGGUGAAGUGAGCGCGGCGAGAUGGUGCCGUGUGUGGUAGCGCUCUUGCUUCUCGCCCGGGCCCUGCUUUUGCACGCUCUGGAUAUAUCUCAAUGUAUCGCGCCGCUGGGCAUCGAGAGCGGGCUCAUCCCGGACCGAGACCUUACAGCCAGCUCGUCCUUCAACGACGGCAACGUUGGACCGCAGAACGGACGAUUAAAUCAAGAAAUAAAGGGUGGCGCAUGGUGUCCUAAGUCUCAAAUCACGACUGAAUCGACCGAGUGGCUGGAGGUAGACCUUCACACCGUUCACGUGAUCACAGGGGCCGGUACACAGGGCAGAUUUGGCAACGGUCAGGGUGCGGAGUACGCGGAGGCUUACGUCUUAGAGUACUGGCGACCGAAGCUCGGCAAGUGGGUGCGGUACCGCGCCGCUGAUGGCCAAGAGAUACUGUCCGGCAACACGAACACUUACCUGGAGAAGAAGAACCAUCUCGAACCACCGAUAUGGGCGUCGAAGAUCCGCUUCAUACCCUACAGCUCCCACCGACGUACCGUUUGCAUGAGGGUCGAGCUCUAUGGCUGUUAUUGGAGCGUUGGCAUCGUUUCGUAUUCAAUGCCGAAAGGCGACAAAAGGAGCAACGGCGUCGAGCUGACCGACAUGAUAUACGACGGGCAGUGGGGUGACGAGCUGCGAGGCGGACUGGGGCAGCUCGUCGACGGGCAGUUCGGUGGUGACGAGAUACGCGAGGCGGCUAAGACCUCCGCCUGGGUGGGGUGGCGUAACGACUCGAGACCGAAUCCCCCUGUCAUCAUCUUCGAAUUCGAUAAAGUGAGGGAGUUCAGCGCGGUGCACUUGUACUGCAAUAAUAAAUUCAUGAGGGAUGUUCAGGUGUUCUCCGAGGCUAUCAUAUCGUUUUCCAUCGGAGGGCGACACUUCCAAGACGAGCCAAUUCGCUACACGACGAAUGAGGACAAUAUCUUCGAAAGUUCUCGAAACGUAAGCAUCAAGCUUCACCAUCGCAUCGGGAAGUGGGUGCGGAUCGAACUCCAUUUCUCGGCGCGAUGGAUACUCAUCAGCGAGGUGUUGUUCGACUCUGAUGUCGCUCAAGGAAACUACACCCCAGAGAUCCUCAAGCCCACCGGCGCGAAGGACAAAACGAAAGCACCUCCCACAAAGGACUUGCCAAUAUCCACAGCGCACCAAGAAGACCCGCUGUACAUGGCCAUCGUUGUGGGGGUCUUGACGGCGCUCGUGAUACUCCUGGCCGUCGCAGUCUUCCUCAUCAUUCAUAGACAUAGACACAGGAAAUGCUUCGCUUCACCGCUAGCUAAAACUACGAUAGCGCAGAAGAGGACAGUCGCAGACAAUUAUAACCCUUGUGGUACUUCCAUGCUGCCCGACAAUAAGAUGAUAAUCGACUGCCCGCUGGACGUCAAGUCCGAUGAGUACCAAGAGCCGUAUCAGGCUCUGAAGUGCGCUCCGUAUUUUAGUUACAGUACAGUCUUGCUCGAGAUGAAGGAUUUCGUUAAGGAUUCCAACACAGCUUUGUCAGAUAGCUCCAACUAUGACUACGCUGUGCCGGAACUUAGUUCGGCCCCUCUCCUCACUAAGCGGAGGUUAGCAGACAGUCUCUCCGAUCGCGCCACCGAGCUCGUCAGCGACCAUAUGGAGACCCUCGAUCUCGACACCAGGCGGUCAGCAGCCGGUUCGAUACGUUCGAAGCACAGCACAAGGUCCCCCAGUCAACAAGAGGUGCUGAUCGAUCUGAAGCGUCGCUUGGACAACACCAACGUCAUCGAAUUCCCGAGACACCGACUCCGCAUGAUCUCGAAGCUGGCUGAGGGUGCAUUCGGCACUGUAUAUGUAGCGGAAGCAGAUGGAGUGCCGGAGUAUAACGGUAUCAUCUCCUCGGAGAAGCGGCUGGUGGCAGUCAAGUUCCUCUGCCACGACGCUUCCGCGAAGGAGAGGUAUAUCAUGGAGGAUUUCGAGAGAGAUGUACGCAUUCUCGCUGCGCUCUCGUCGCCUCAUCUUGCGAGAGUGUUGGGAGCAUGUCGAUCCCCACCACUGGCUGUCGUCUUAGAGUACUUGGAACUAGGUGAUUUGUGCGCGUUCCUCCGCACGUCUCCCCCCGGGAGCGUGAGCACGGGCACGUUACUGCACAUCACGACGCAGAUCUCGGCGGGCAUGCACUACCUGGAGUCGCUCAACUUCGUUCAUCGAGACCUCGCUACGAGGAAUUGUCUAAUUGGGAAGGGCUAUCAAAUUAAAAUAAGCGAUUUCGGCACCGACAACGAGACUUACGCGUGCGACUACUACAAGGUCGACGGCAGGAUCCCGUUACCACUGCGGUGGGCGGCGUGGGAGUCCGUGCUGAGGGGGAAGUACACCACCAAGAGCGACGUGUGGGCUUUCGCGGUCACUCUGCACGAGAUAUUCACAAUCUGCAGGAGGCGCCCUUACGAACAUCUCACGGAAGCUGAGGUGUUGGAGAACCUUUCUCAUCUCCAAGCUGACGACGGCCUCUUCGAAUGCAUCGACCGCUGCCCCGGUCUGCCGCGAGACAUCUACGAGCUCAUGUGUGAAUGUUGGAGACGUGACGAACUGGAGAGGCCGACCUUCGCGGAGAUACAUCUGUUCUUACAGAGAAAAGGCCUCGGAUACGCUACCUCGUGACUGGCGGUCCCCCCGGGGUACCUUUGGACUUAACCGGCUAGCUGUGGGUGCGGUUGUUACGAUUGAUUCUCUUACCAGUCCGAUUCUAUUACUCCUUCACUAUUAAAGCGUAAUGUAGAGCAAAAGUUAAUUGUGUCGUAAAUCUUAUUACGAAUCAACUAAGUUUUGAUCACAAGCACAUAUUGAAACCAUUGGAACAAUAACUGGACAUAGUUUGAGCUGCGUCUCCACAAAAGGAAAAUAGGCAACUCUUUAAUAACGUUUCCAUAUUUAACUUAAGUUGUCAACAAGAAUUGUUAUUUUGUAAUUGUUGAUAACUUUUGGGUGCAUAACAAUCCGUAGCGAACACAGAAAUUGCCAACUAUUUGAAUUACCGUAAACAAAAUGUCUAUUGUAAAUAUUAUAGACCACGCGGUCGAUGCAUGGGAUGCGUCAAGUGUUCGCUUUAAUGGUGGGGAAGUGUGGAGUCUCCCUCCCGAGCUGAGAUACCGGAUUUUUUUGAAUACGUUUUUUGUAUGUAUUGCUUUACUUUAUAUCGAUGGGCUAUAUAUUAUGACAUCCUAUAUAAGAAUAUAUCGUGUUAAAUUAAAUUAUUUAAUUAUGUUUUAGAUAGAUAUGAAUUUACAUUUAAUUUCCAUUUACAUUCGUCGGUUAAGAGAAAACAUCGAAUGAUAGUUAGAGUAACUGAACACAUCUGGACGCUUUGUAUCGGACCGAUGGGCCGCAAUCACGAUCGCAUUGAGGUACGGAGAUAUCUUAAUUGCAAGAUUACCGAAAGACUGAAAUUGUGUUAAAUUACUCUGAUCUUAGUCAGUUUAGACUACAACUAAAGCCUGCAGAUGUGUUUAUUGUUUAGAAAUGAUUUGUGAAAACCGGCAUCUUGGCUUACGAUGACCUGGGCGUAUCCGGGAUGAUUAGAUAAAUUUGAUCCUCCAUUAUUUAUAUAUUUAAAUAGAGUGUCGCGCUACAAAAUAACUAAAAUAAUCGAGCCAACUUUAUUAUCUUUGUGUGCGUGACAGCUACGCUUGACUCUCGCCAAACGACAUAAUACUUGACUAGUGUGCGUGUACUUAGUGACCGACUGUUGGCCACUAUUUUUUUCGACGCGUUCUCGUAUCUUGAUGUAUAAAUAAUGAACGAAUUUGACAUUAUAUCGAGUGUCAGUAUACGUUAGACCCACUUAACUAUCCAUUAUUUUGUAUGUAAUUUACGUGCUUACAUAGUUGUUUUUUAUAUAAACUUUCAAUUAUAUUUGAGUAAUAUUUUAAACUUACUAUAGUUUGAAAGACAUAAUAAAAUUUGAGGUGCGGCCGUGGACUUGCGUGCGACUUAGGCCUAAAAAUUGACCCGAAAUAUUUUAUAUAUUCAGAUAUAUUAUAAACUUUUGGGAUAUCGCUGAUAUGUUAAUGUUGUAGUUUCCGUUGCAGAUAUAGAAAUACAUGUACUUAAUAAUUUUAAAGAUACAGAUUGAAAUUAAAAGCUUUAAUCCAUCUUGACAUACAACGAAAUUUUUAAAACAAUAAUUUUAAGUAUUUUUAUUAUUAUAAAAAAAAGAUUUCGUGCCAUAUACGAUAUUAUUGACAUUGUUUACAGCGUGCAUUAUAGUUAUAUAUUAUAUUGAUUAUUUGUAAAGUUAGUUACAUUAUAUCAACGGAUAUUUAUUAUUGAGAACAUGAACCAAUCUGAAACGACCGCACCUCGGCUAGUUGUCGUAAUUGACUUAUAUAUAAAUAGUUCUCUCAUCUCGAGAGUUACCUCGUAAGCUUUUAGAUAAUUUCGACUGAUUAUCGUACGAUAAACGAUCAUUUUUGUACUUAAUAUGGAAAUAAAUUGAGUCACUCUCCGGCUUCAGCACGGCCUCCCCUAUCGUAGUUCGUACGAUGUCAAACAUAUAUAUUUAUUAUGUUCUAUUCAUUUCUGACUGAAAAUUCCAAGUUUCGUUCUAUUAAUGAACGUUGAAUUCAUACAUCUAUUAUAUCUUUCUCUCAAACGAUGUGUGAUAGAGACGUUUAUUAAUGUAGCGUUAAUAGUUUCUAGGACGUUUUUAAAGUGACGUUUAGUUGGCUGACCUGACAGCUAGAUUUAGACUUAACGCUGCAGGACUUAAGAGGCUUCUUACUUAUGUUGUUGUUAGUGUAACGGCACGUAUUUUUCAAUUUAUGAGCUUAAUAGCUGUCGUAGGUCGUGUCGAGUGUUGCCAAUUUGUAAACAGUCGAUGAAUAAUUUUAUCUGAUCUGACGUGUAACAUGGAUUUGAAAGCUGGAAUUUUAAAUAAAUACCCUAAUAUGUAAUAAAAAAAUAUAUAAAUAUCAUGGAAUAAGUAUUGAUAGCUAUAUAAAAUAUUUACUGUAUUAUAUAACAAUUGUUGUUUAAACGUUACUUUCAACAUGUUCAGAAAGAACCAAGAACACAUGUUUUAUCAGAUACAUGUUACACGUACCUCUCCUCCGCCGCGUAACUCACGAGUGAGCUACGUUUAAUAGACACUAGACAAGACAGCCCCUCCCCCCUCGACCAUUGACAACUUCGACUUAGAAAGUUACCGACCUGAUAGUAAUUUAUUUUCAUACAACACCUAUAUUACCUACAAUAAAACAGUGAUCUUAUAUUUGUGUAUAUGUAAGUUUAUAUAGUUGCAUUUUAAAAGUCGAUACAAUGAAUUAUUUAAAUAAAAAAUAAAAAAAAGAAUUAUAAAUAAAUAGAUGUAUUAUAUACACUAUAGAUAUACAUAUGUCUAUUUUCCGUAGUUUGCUGGUUCCGAGUUAGUGUUGACAGUUAACGACAAUAUAUCGAUUAGAUAGUCUUUUUAUUCGAUAAAUCGUAUCGCGUUCGGAUAAUCGUGAGAAUCGAUACGAUAAUCCGAUCGCCUUAAUAGUGUAUCACUAGGUGUUACGUUCCCGUGGACCGAACCGACGGCUUAAUGUUAGGAGCCUAUAUAUUUAGCACUUUAAUGUUAAGUAGUAUAAGAGCGUCUUUAGUUUGCAAUGUAGACAUGUUUGAACUUGUACACAGACGGAACCAAUGUAAUAGGCUAAUGUGUAUUCUUAUCGAAUAAACGCUAAGAUCGCGCCGACUCAUUCUCUGUUCCUGUCGCGCGUAUUGAUACUCGUUAAGCUGGACAAGGACAGAGCGCGAGUUUAGCGCUUAAAAGCGUUUAGAAGUAAGACUCAAGAGAUCUAUGUAAUUUUUAAGUAUAUAGAAAACUAUAAGACUUUUCUUUACGAA